ACAAUCUACCAAAUGAAACUCAUUUCUGUCCAAAAUUGCAAUAAAAGCAAAAAACCUACUUAAACCACUCAAACUGCAAGCAACUACAGUAAAAAAAUAUAUACACACAUAUACAUAUAUACAGAGUUUUCAACGACUCCCAACUUCCGGAAACAAGUUGAAAAAACGCUACACUACAUAAGUUGCAAAGAAUGCUGUUGCGAGAAUAAACUAAAAAAUAUUUGGUUACAACUUUAAUAGGUUUUACUGUAAAGAGUGUUGCUGUGGCUGUCACAAAAGCAGAGAGGACUACGGAAAAACAAAAUGUCGAACCUGCUCUACAUGGAUGAAACGAAUUGUAAUGGCGUCUACGCAUCCAAAGCCAAUAGUGUGACAGCAGCACUAACACCAGCAAGCAACGGCAUACUCAGCAACGGCAACGGCAACGGCAACGACAACAUCAACAGCAACAGCAACAGUAAUAAUAUUUUACUGGCGGGCAAUAUUAGUAUAAGCAAUAGCAACAACAGCAACAAUAUCAGCACAGCUAACAUCAUAAGCAACAACACAAAUACAAAUAAUAUCAACAACAUUAACAUCAUGAAUGUGGCGGCCUCGACUGUGACAAUGGCAACAGCGGUUGGCAACACCAACGUCAACGUCAACGUCAAUGCCGUUGGCCCCGGCAUUGUAUCAGCAGCCACACUACCCACAUCCGUGUCCAAUGAGGAUCUAAGCCAGAGUUUAUCGGAGUACACGGAUGCCGAUGAAAGCAUAUCAGCGCCGACCGAGUUCCUUGCCGAGUUUCUCUCAGCAGUGAUGCUUAAAGAUUACAAAAAGGCCUUGAAAUACUGCAAAUUGAUUUUACAAUACGAACCAAACAAUGCAACAGCCAAAGAAUUCUAUCCGCUAAUAAUUGAAAAACUACGAGUAGGUACUGCGGCCAGCGAUAGUGAUGAGAAUUACAAUAAGUCAUCAUCUCCCGAUCCAGUUUUAGAGCUUCAAUCCUCGGAUCCAUCAGCAGGUGAAAGUGAUGAAGUGGCUUUUGAAGACCAGCCCAUUGACAAUAUGGAGGGAGGGAUUGAUGUGUACGGACUGGCCGAGGAUAAUUGCAAUUCACUGGGUGAUUCGAACAGCCAUGAGCUGAAUGUGAGUAGUCGCAGUGACAGCAUUGAUUCGGCAGGUGAUAGUCUGAGUGAAUCAGUUGAUGAUGAAGCCGAAGAGGAGGAUGUAGAUGAUGAGGAUGUGGUGGAAAUUGAUGACGACGACGAUGACGACGACGACGACGACGAUGACGAGGAAGACGAGGUAGACGAUGACGAUGACGAGGAUGACGAAGAAGAUGUCAUUAGUAGCAGCGGCGAUGAUUUGCCAAUCGAUGAUCCAAAUUCGAUAGGCGCUGCAGCGGGCACCGGCAAUAAUUCGCUCUCAUCGCGUAACUCUUCGAGUGGUGGCGGCGGUGGUGGUGGACGCAGUCGCAGCGACAAUACAACGCACUCCUAUUCGAGUUUAUUGCUAGAGGAGGAAGACGAUAUAGCGCCGGUUAAUUUGAAAUUCACCAAAGAACUGUCAUCGCCGGACUUGGAUGUCAGCAAUGGAAACAAAUUGCCCUCAACUUCAUGUAGUGACUCGGAGUCGCCAACGGAGCCAUUGACGCAGCGACUCGCAGCAAUUUUACGCUCGAAGUGUGGUGUGUCAAGCACAGAUGAUAAAUAUUAAUGCGAGCGAGCGAGGGAGCGACGACAAGAAAAGUAAAACUUUAAUACUUACAUAUAGAGAACGCAUAAAUAUCAGGAAUAUGGCAAAAAAACAUUGCUACAAAUGCAUAGUAAUUAAUAAAUAUUUAUAUGAAGUACUACAUAUAUACAUACAUAGAUGAAUAGACAUACAUAAAUAUAUUUUGAUGUAAUCACUUACGUACGUACAUAUGUAUUGAGAUGUUACAAAAUGUAUCGACGUGUUUAUAUAUUGCAUAUAUAUGUAAUCGAAACUAUAUAUACAUACAUACAUACAUACAUGAAUAUAAAAUUUUCGUAAAUCUAGCAAACAAAUGUUUGAAUAUAUGUACUGUACAUUUAUGUUGCCGUUAUAAAGGCGAUUUUCUCGACUAUAAACAACUAUACAUUAGUGAUUAAAAGUGAUGCAACCCAUGAAACCUUACGAGUAACUCGCAACAUACUAGUACAGAUAUUCGGUCUAGUGGACAUAUAAAGGUAAAAUGAAGAGCUCAAGGAUGUUAAAUUUAUAACUGUAUACUUUAUCAAAAGAAUAGUCACUUACGAAACUUAUACUUAUUGAUAACGGUAUGUGUAGUUUUUUUUAAUAUUAAACAAAAAUAUUCAUAAAUAAUUUAGUUAUAAGCAAGCAGUAAUAGCUUAGAAUUCACUUUGCUAAAUACAAGUCGCCAAAUAUCCUUUGAUACACAGAUUAUAGCGUCGUCUCAAUGAAAGCCUAUAAAAUAUCUGAAAAUUUAUAUUGAAAAACGGCGUUUAUGUACAGAAUAUAUCGCGCAGUGGAGUUGAUUUCGUAAUUAGUAUUAACGCGUAACAUUCCUGCAGGGAAAGCUACUAGUUAUGAACUAGAAUACCACCAGUCUUCUCUCUUCAGUCCACAUUUUUUUAUUUUUACUUAAUUGAAUAUUUUUGUGGCUGAAAUAUUUGCAGCUCAUCGUUCCGUAUCGGACGGACAUGUUGAGAGAACUUUAAAGUGAUAUUGUCGUUCACGGAGAACUUUAAAACUUGUAGUUUUUGACAUAGCAAUGUCCUAAGAGAUGUAAAUUGCCAACCUAUGCAUCAGUAACAACUUGUAGAAAUAUUAGCAACGUGCAGACAGGUUGAGAAGCUGCAGAAAAAAACGUGUGUUAAUUCGCUUUUGAACUUACUUCUCGAGAUAUAUGAGCAGCGCCUAAAGUUGUGCAAUAAUAAAUUUUACUUUCAGCCAUAUGUUUUAUCAAUUUUUUACCAAUUUUUUUUUACUAAUAUCAGCUCUUGGAUUUUGUAACUCCGAUUUGUUUCAUAAUUUUUUAUGUUAUAGUAGCAAUCGAAAGAGGCAUCCAUGAUUUUUUCAAUCUUUAUAAGAGAAAAAUACUACGUUGUAGAGGAAGAUACUUUUGAUUUGAUGCAAUGAGAAUUCUUGGCGUUGAGUUAGACACAAUUUUUUAGUUUUUCGUUAAUUUAAAAAUUCGAAAACACAGAUCCCGUUACUUUACAAUUAGUUAAAGCUUAAAGGUAAGUCCAAGCUUAAAAGUUGGAAAAUUAGCGACAGUUUUUUAGAAACAAUUUUCAAGAAAAUUGGAAAUCAGUUUUUUUAUUCAGAAUUUUAAAAUUUCGAAAAUUUUUAAAUUUUUUAUUCCAAAAUUGUUUUUAAAAUGACAGAAAGUUAAAAUGAAAAGUUUCCAAUGAGUCCUUUUCGCAGUUUCGGUAUCUUGAAAAGAGCCAGACAAAAAAAAAUAUAAAAAAAAUAAUCGUUUGAAUCAGUGAUUUCGACAACUUUUCAUGUCCAGAAUCACUUUUUUGUUGUGGUUAUCGUCAAAUUUAUAUUAAGUUUGUCGUCAUGAGUUUUGUGAAAUUUUCUACUCCUGUGCUAUCAUGAAGUCGUCGUUUUAAUGACAGAAUCUCUAUUCAAGAAAAAACUUCCCUACCAAAGCUAUUUUUUUAUUUGCACGUUAAUCAUCUUUCAAACUUUUAUAGAUUAUAUCCAACUAAAACACGUAUCGAUAAGUUUAUUUUAGUU